UCCAGGCGGACCCGGCACAAAGCUGGUGAUGGGGGGCGUUUCGGUAGCUGUGGAGUACCAAUAAUUUGUACUCUGGUUUGUUUUUGUCGAAAAUGUCUGCGAGUUCAAAACUAACCAUAUCGAGCAGAAUCUGAAGUAGCAUUAUUGGCUUUCAAAAAGUCGCCAGUAGUACUGCAUAUAGGCUGUUGGUGACCAUUUCACUCGCCUCAGGGGCGUUUCGCAUUAUUUUGUGUUUUUCCGUGAUUCGGAUCAUUGAAUUGAUCGAGAUGCACUGUGAGCUGACCAGUCAGUCCGAGGGCGGCCCGGCUGUCCCGCUGGCUGACGGCCGUGCAGUGAUACUGGGCCGCGGGCCAGAAUCAGGAGUGUCGGACAAGAAGUGUUCCCGACACCAGGUGAAGCUGGUGGCCUGUUACGAGGACCGGACUGUCACCGUGACCCAGCUGGGACCCAACCCUUCCUCUCUGGGCUCCGCUGCCCUGGGCAGAGGCCAGUCGGGCUGUUUGACCGAGCGGGACACUCUCUUCCUGGUGAACGGGAGACACCCCUUCAGAGUCUCCUUCUCGGACGCCCAGAACGGAAGGAGGUCGGUCCCCACUUCCCCCCCAGCGAAGAGGCAGAGGAAGGCGCCGGCAUCGGGUCCCAAACGCAGCAUCCUGGACUUUUUCGGCUCUCCUCCUAAACAGCGGCGUACGGUCAAGCAGUCGGUUGACGUGUCUCCCAGUGCGCUCCUGGGCCCCUGCCCCAGGAGCCGCUGGGAGGAGGUGGGCAAACUCUUGCUGUUCACCUCUGCCGGGGUCCCCGCCAGCGCCAAGCGGCGUGCGGUCAAGCAGUCGGUUGACGUGUCUCCCAGUGCGCUCCUGGGCCCCUGCCCCAGGAGCCGCUGGGAGGAGGUGGGCAAACUCUUGCUGUUCACCUCUGCCGGGGUCCCCGCCAGCGCCAAGAUUGCAGGGUUCGACAUUGACGGGACCAUCAUCACCACGAGGUCUGGGAAAGUGUUUCCGACCAGCCCCGAUGACUGGAGGGUUCUGUACCCCGAGGUCCCGCCCAGGUUGACACGCCUCCUGAAGGAAGGGUACAAGGUGGUGUUCUUCACCAACCAGCUGGGGAUCGCCCGGGGGAAGCUCAGGCCCGAGGUGUUCAAGGCCAAGGUGGAGGCUGUGGUCAAGGAGCUGGGCCUCCCUGUGCAGGUUUUCGUGGCGACGGGAUCGGGGAUCUUCAGGAAACCGGUGCUGGGAAUGUGGGAUCACCUCUGUGGAAAGGCUAACGAUGGUGUCACAGUGGACGUGUCCCAGAGCUUUUAUGUUGGGGACGCAGCAGGCCGGCCGGCCAACUGGGCUCCUGACAGGAAGAAGAAAGAUUUCUCCUGCAGCGACAGACUGUUUGCUCUCAAUGCAGGACUGCGGUUUCAUACACCAGAGGAGUUCUUCCUAGGAUGGAAGAGCGCCCCCUUCAGUUUACCCACAUUUGACCCAAGGAAGUGUGACCCCGGUGCCCCUCUGUUCAGCCCCCCCGACGCCUCCCUGACCUCCACAAAGCAGGAAGUCAUCGUCGCCGUGGGCUACCCUGCCUCUGGGAAGUCCACCUUCUUCCAGAGCCGGCUCGUCCCCCAGGGCUACGCCUACGUCAACAGGGACACCCUGGGCUCCUGGCAGCACUGCGUCUCUGCCUGCGAGAGCGCUCUCCGCCAGGGCCGCCGCGUCGCCGUGGACAACACCAACCCCGACCCGGAGUCGCGCAAACGGUAUAUCGAUGUGGCCCAGAGAGCGGGCGUCCCCUGUCGCUGUUUCCUCUUCACUGCAUCGCUGGAGCAAGCAAAGCACAACAACAGGAUCCGGGAGAUGAAUCCCUCUGGGAAUACUCACGCCACGGUCAACGACAUGGUUUUCAACAGCUACAAGAGCAAGUUUGUUGCUCCCACGCUCUCCGAGGGCUUCUCCGAGAUCCUGCAGGUUCAUUUCGUACCGAACUUCCCAGACGAGCAAUCGGAAGCGCUGUACAAGCAGUUCUCUGAAGGGUGAUUGGGUCCUCCGCCCUCCAAUCACGACACGUUUUAGGUAGAUUUUUAGCGUCCGCACUUAACAAUGUCUGAUAUUUACUAAACACGUUUUUUUUGUUUAUUAAAGUCAAUAAAUCUCAACUUCACAUUGU